CAAGGCCACAAGAGCGGCUCGAGCGAUGCUCUCCUUCCUUUGCCUUGCCGUGCCAUCUGGCUUUGCCCACCGGUCCUAAAACCCCAACAGCCUUGGGCAGCCGAAGGUUCUCGAAUUCUCGGCCUCUCCGCUCCGGCUCCGGCUCCGGGGAGUUGGGGACGAAACGCGCGCGCGGGGUGCGGCCAUGGCCAAGAAGAAGAAGAAGAGCGGCGGCGGCGGAGGUGGAGGCGGCGGGCAGCAGCAGGAGCAGAAAGCUGCGGCGCCCGCCGAAGAGCGCGACGACAAGGCCGACGCCGGUGGCGACGGGCAGGCCAAGGCGGCCGCGCCGGACGCGGAGGAGGAGAAAGACAGGGACAAGGACAAGGGCGCCGGGGACAAGGGCCCGGAGAAGAAGGACGGCAAGGAGAAGAAGCCGCUCCCUGUGGUCACCGCCGUGCUCAAGGUCGACAUGCACUGCGACGGCUGCGCGCGCCGCAUCCGCGCCUCCGUCCGCCGCUUCCCAGGCGUGGAUGGCGUGGCCAUGGAGGUGGACAAGGGCUCCAUGACCGUCGUCGGCCGCUUCGACGCCAAGAAGCUCCGCGACCGCGUCGCCCACAAGACCCGCAAGAAGGUCGACCUCGUCAACAACAACAACAACAAGGGCGACAAGGGAGGAGGCGGCGACCAGAAGGGCGACGACGGCGAGGCCAAGCCGGACAAGAAGGAUGACGAUGAAGAGCAAGGGAAGGAGAAGGACGACAACAAGGGCGGCGGCAAUGCCGGCAAGGGGAAGGGUGGCGGCAAGGACAACAAGAAGCCAGCGGUGCCGGUGAUUGUGACGGUGGUGCUCAAGAUCGGCUCCAUGGGCUUGCACUGCGACGGCUGCAUGCACCGCAUCCGCAACAAGCUCUUCAAGAUCAAAGGCGUGGAGCAGGUGCACAUGGACAUGGCGAAGAACCAGGUGACGGUGACGGGCACCAUGGACGCCAAGGCCCUGCCGGAGAAGCUCCGCAAGAAGCUGCGCCGCCCCGUCGACGUCGUGCAGCCCAACAACAACAACAAGCAGCAGGACAAGGAUGGUAAGGACGGAAAGCAGCAGCAGCAAGGGGAAGGCGGCGGCGGGAACAAGGACGGGAAGCAGCAGCAGCAGGGCAAGGAGGCGGCGGAGAAGGCGCUGGCGGCGGAGGUGGAGCUGUGGAAGACCGCCUUCUACGACCAGCAGUCGCUGCUUGCCACGGAGUUCAUGCUCAGCGACGAGAACCCCAACGCCUGCGCCGUCAUGUGAAGGACAUAAUUCGAUGGCUCGAGCUCGUUCAGGGUAGAACAGGACAACUGACAGACAGUGAGUGAGUGGGACAGAUAGAUACUGGAGUACUACUGCCAGAUAGGACAUGGCAGAUUGAGGAGAUGGUAUAGACAGAUGGGCAGCAGAAAUGAAGCGAUUUUUGCUCCAGCCUGUGUUGGCUAAAUUUGCUGCAAAUUUUUUGAGAGGGGUUGUUGAACUGCAUCUGCAUGAAAGUUCCUUUGAAACAGCUUCUACAUGGUUGUUCUAUGUGUGUUUGGCUGUUCUUAAUUUCUUUUCAUGCUUGUUA